CUUCCAUACUGCUUUGAUGUCAAUGAUACGGCAAAUGACUGAGAUAUUAUAGCAACACGAGAGGCUAAAGGCCAAACAGAAUCAUCCUAUUUUCAGGAUCGAAGGUCCACAAUGUUUGGGGUUCCUCAAAGCUCAAAGUCCGAGUUCCUGGACAAAGCCAGGCAGGCCAGAGAAGAAAGGAAAGGACAGAAGGAGAAGGAGAGGGCAGCAAUCCUUAUUCAAGCUCUGGUCCGGAGAUUCCUCUGUCGCUGUAGACUGAAGAGGGAACUAAGGAAGGAUGUCGAUGACUAUUUUCAAACCUCUGAAACUGGAACAACAAAGAGAAAUGCACUUUCAAUUUUCAAAAUUGCUCGAAAAUUACUAUUCAUAUAUUGUCACGAGGAUAAGAUGAGAUUUGAGAAACUUUGUCGCGCUAUCUUGGCCAGCAUGGAGGUUGAAAAUGAACCCAAAGUGUGGUAUGUCUCCUUGGCUCUGUCCAAAGACCUCACAAUUCCCUGGCUCAAACAGGUCAAAGAUGUUUUAUGGACCUGCUGCCAGCUGCUGAAAAAUCUAAAGCCAGACAUACUUCAAGACAACAAGUUGGUGACGCUGUACCUGACCAUGCUCGUGACCUUCACUGACACGUCCACAUGGCGAAUCGUCAGAGGGAAAGGUGAAGCUCUCAGACCGGCUUUGAUGAGGAUUUGUGAAAACAUCAUGGGUCAUCUUAAUCAAAAGGGAUUCUAUUCAAUACUGCAGAUCUUGCUGACCAAUGGCUUGGCCCGUUCCAGACCAUCUUUCUCCAAAGGCACUUUGACGGCUGUUUUCACUUUAUCACUAAGGCCAGUCAUUGCUGCUCAUUUUUCUGAAAACCUGCUGCGAUCAUUCCUAAUCCACAUCAUGUCAGUUCCUGCCAUCAUCUCCCACCUCAGUGUGCUGACUCCAGAGUGCAUGGCAUCCAUCCAAACACACGACCUGCUGCGGAAGUUCAUUUUGUUUCUCAGUCGGGAAGAACAGUGUCUGGACAUUUGCGUCUGUCUCGAGGGCAGCCACACUCUCUGCUUACUUGGCAACCUGAUUCAUCUGGGCUAUCUCAGUGGGAAGGUCUUAGAAGAGGAGGCCAACCAUUUUGUGAAGGACCUAACUGACAUGCUGUCCUACUGCCAGAGAUAUGUUUCCCAAAAAAAGUCAAAUUUAACCCACUGGCACUCUGUCCUGGGCUGGUUCUCUCAAACUGUGGACUAUGGCCUGAAUGAAUCGAUGCCUCUGGUCACCAAACAGCUUCAACACCUGUGGGGUGUGUCUAUCAUUCGAACCCUCUUCAGUGAUGUCCUUUCUAAAAAGCUGGAGAGCCAGGAGCCCACUCCCCUGCCCCCACAGCCCAGCACAUCCCAGAACAACCUACCAGUUAAAAAUCUGUUCAAGAGGGCAUUUCAAAAGUCUGCCUCUGUGCGGAACAUCCUGAAACCAGUUGGAGGGAAGCGAGUGGACUCAGUUGAGGUUCGGAAGGUGUGCAGCAUCUGUGUGCUUUAUCAGACCGCCCUGUCCACUCUGACGCAGAUACGCCUGCAGAUACUCACCGGUCUGACACAUCUCGAUGACCUCUUGCCCAAACUCUGGGCCUUCAUAUGUGAACUUGGUCCUCAGGGGGGGCUCAAACUCUUCAUGGAGUGUCUUAAUAAUGACACUGAAGAAUCCAAGCAACUUCUGGCUAUGCUCAUGCUCUUCUGCGAUUGCUCUCGCCACCUUAUCACAAUUCUGGAUGACAUUGAAGUUUAUGAGGAACAAACAUCCUUCAAGAUAGAGGAACUCCUGACGAUCUCCUCUUUUCUGAAUACUUUUGUGUACAAGAUGGUUUGGGAUGGAAUUUUAGAAAGUGCAAAAGGGGAGAAACUGGAGCUGUUCCAUAGUGUUCAUGGUUGGCUGAUGGUGCUUUAUGAGCGGGACUGCAGGCGCAGGUUCACCCCUGAUGAUCACUGGCUACGAAAGGAUCUGAAGCCUAGUUUGUUGUUCCAAGAGCUGGAGAAAGGCAAGAGAAGAGCCCAGCUUUUGCUGCAGUACAUCCCCCAUGUCAUCCCACACAAAAAUAGGGUGCUGCUGUUCAGGAACAUUGUCACAAAGGAGAAAGAAAGUUUGGGGUUGAUUGAAACCAGCUCUGCUUCACCACACGUCACUCACAUUACAAUACGUCGCUCGCGGAUGUUGGAGGAUGGAUACGAUCAGCUCCGCAGGCUGCCAGCCAACUCGAUCAAAGGUGUCAUCCGUGUGAAGUUUGUCAACGACCUGGGCGUGGACGAGGCUGGAAUUGAUCAGGAUGGUGUUUUCAAAGAGUUUCUGGAGGAAAUCAUAAAGAAAGUUUUCAACCCUGCUUUAAACCUGUUUAAGACUACAAGUGGAGAUGAAAGGUUAUAUCCUUCACCCACGUCGUACAUUCAUGAGAAUCAUUUGCAGCUGUUUGAGUUUGUUGGGAAGAUGCUGGGAAAAGCUGUUUAUGAGGGCAUUGUUGUGGACGUCCCAUUUGCCUCUUUCUUCCUCAGCCAAGUCUUAGGGCACCACCACAGCACCUUCUACAGCUCCAUUGAUGAGCUUCCCUCACUGGACUCUGAGUUUUACAAAAACCUCACCUCAAUCAAGCGGUAUGAUGGAGAUGUUGGAGAUCUUGGACUGACACUGUCAUAUGAUGAGGAUGUUAUGGGACAGCUUGUCUGUCAUGAGUUGAUGCCUGGGGGGAAAACUAUGCCAGUAACCAAUGAAAAUAAGAUUAGCUACAUCCACCUCAUGGCUCACUUCCGGAUGCACACGCAGAUUAAGGAGCAAACGGCUGCUUUCAUCAGGGGCUUCCGCAGCAUCAUUAAUCCAGAGUGGCUGCACAUGUUUUCCACACCUGAGGUUCAGCGGCUUGUCUCAGGAGAUAACGCUGAAAUUGAUCUAGACGAUCUCAAGAAGCACACGGUCUACUAUGGAGGCUUUCACAGCAGCCAUCGUGUCAUCAUCUGGCUGUGGGACAUUCUAUCAAGUGACUUUAAUGCUGAAGAAAGAGCCAUGUUCCUUAAAGUAAACCGAAUUUUUGUUACCAGCUGCUCGAGGCCUCCUCUUUUAGGCUUUGCUUACCUCAAACCACCCUUCUCCAUCCGCUGUGUGGAAGUUUCAGACGAUCAGGACACUGGAGACACUCUUGGGAGUGUCCUCAGGGGCUUUUUCACCAUUCGGAAGAAGGAGCCUGGUGGUCGACUACCCACUUCAUCAACAUGCUUCAACUUGCUCAAGCUACCGAACUACAGCAAGAAGAGCAUCCUGCGUGACAAGCUGCGCUACGCUAUUAGCAUGAAUACAGGCUUUGAGCUCUCCUAACUUGGUUCUGCGUCGGAACAAAUUGCACUGAAGAAUUAUGUCAAGCUGCAUAAGCCAAUCAGAGGCCUCUCUUACCUGUACCCGUGCGUGUGACAUUUAAGGAGCAUUGGCUAAAUGACAGGAAGCCCAUGAAGUAACUUUUUGUCUCUAACAGUGAGCUUUGAUGGAAGUAGUUCUUCUGUUUCUUUCUCUCUCUCCCAUCAAGAGAGACACGGCUCCCGCAGCACAAUCAAUUUUUAACAUCUCCCUCUGCCACUCCAUAUAGUGAAUAUAUGGUGUAUUUAACUCGGAAAAAGUACGGAUACAAUGUGGCGAGAUCACUGAUUCUCAGGCUUAACAGAAUCGUUCUUGGAUCUAACGCCACUAUUUUAAGCAAAUUGGAAAGCAAUACAGAUGCAAUGUAAGCCAUAGGAAAUAUGGUCGGCUCAUUCGAGCAAAAUCAGAUGAUGCAUCUUUGACAUACUUAAACGUUUGGAUUCCGUCAUGCAGACAACUUCAAGCUGGCAUUGGAUGAGUCUUAAGAUGUUUUGCCGAACAUAAUGUAUCUUGUACAAGUGGAAGAGAAAUCAAUGUCUUGCGUUCAACCUCAGUGAAGAAGAGGUUCCUCAAAAGAGUGACCCUGUGUAGAUUAUAAUACGUUUCAUUUUGAAGAAAAUCCCUGGACCUCUGCCCGUUUCUCCCUGUUAAACUGUCCACCUUCCCAUGAGAGACAUUGGUUCUCUGGUUUUUAUGUUCUUGAUUAAUUUGAGAACUUAACACUGGCUUCAGUUCAGGUGAAGCAGCACAGACUGAUCAUCUCAUCAUGCUGUGGUUUGAUUUUACGAAGAUGUCCUCACUGAAGCAUUUAGUACCAUUGGGGAGAACAAAAGGAGUAAAAUGUCUGUUGUUAGGAUUUGUAUCUUCAGAGAAGAGCAGACACUGUUGCUGUAUGUCACACAUCUGUGUUUAACUUCCACUUUAACAACAUGAAGAUUGGAAUUAAUCAGCCAUGUUUGUCUGUUUUUAUUAGAAAAACGUCCUCACGAAACCUGUAACGCUGAGUGCCUCAUGUGUCACCAUUACCCCUCGCCAUCGCGUUUUUGACUCUGUUUCAGCUGUAAACCAAUAACAAUACGUAUUGGAAACAAGCCAUAGAAGUGGGGGCUAUGUUCCUGGAUUACUUCUCCGAUCCUACCCAACCACUGUACUACCACCACAACAUCCAUAGAGGGUUUACCUAUGAUACUCUCUGAUCUCUGUGGACUUUUUGGAGCCAUGAAGCAAAAUUUUGAGGUCUAAAAUCUUUUUAAAAAAUGAUGUCAUGGACUGCUUUGUCAGCUAAAUGCAACUGUUUGAUUUGAUGAGGCUUCCUUGGAAAUGUGGGAGCCACGUUUCUGUGGUAUGUGGCAAGGUGAAGGAGGUGAAUGUGACCUUAUAAGCUUAACUAUUACUUCUUCUUUACAGGGUUCAUUUACAUUAGAACGGGAAAGAUAAGACUUCUCGGUCAUUUGCAGGAAAAAGAACAGCGACUUUUACUGAAAGAAAUGAGUAGAGGAAUUGAGCAAACGCUACCAAGUUCUAUAUUAUGCAAAAAAAAGUGUCUUCUGUCAAGAAUGAGUGUGAAUACUUUUGUUUGUAAGUAUCCCAGUUUCUAAAUAGUUAUACUAUUGCCACUAACGUCCUCAUAAACAAUUUUAAAAUAAGUAUUUCUAAUUAAAUUGUAACCCUUACGUGUAGAGAUAACACUGGUUGAAAUUUAACUCUUCACAAUGGUCUUCGAAAUAUGACAAAUCAGUGGAGAACCCCUCAGUUCGUCUCUUUUUCAGCUUUACAAGCAAGUGUUGUUGAGACAGGAAAGUAGGAUUUAAAAAAAAAAAAAAAAAGAUUAACUGCAGUGAGUAUGUGUUGGUGUGUAAAUGAUAAAAUAACCUUACAUGCUUGUCUCCUGAUGGGCUCACUCCUCUGUUUUAAAUGAUGUCAAGAGAAGGCUAGACCUUCAGUGUACCAGUGGGCCCCCGAGGCUUUGACUAUCCUAUCUUUUAGUACAACAAAGAAUAAAAAUGAUUGUGAAAACGUUCCCAAUCCUGCUGUGAAAUGUAAUCUCUUUCAUAAAAGAUGCACCGCUGUAUGGAGUGUUUUUGUGUUAAGAUGCCCCUGUGAGGUUUGUCCACUGUAAGAUACUAUGUUCUGUAAUGUCAAAUCUUGUACACAAGUAUUAUAUAAAUUCUUUUAAACCA